GCAUUCCUGCCUGUGUGCACUGUGCUUUCCCGUGGCCUGACUGUAAACCAGUACAGACUGCUGAGAGGUUUCUAUGGUGCUACAUCAGAGGCUUAAGAGUCACUGCACGCAGCCAAUCAGAUGACUUGUGGGGGAACCUUGUGGGCUGUAGUAUCUAACAGAAUGAGUUUGUGAACUUACUUUUGGUGUGCUCUGUAGUUGAUACAGGGCGGACAGCUUUUCUGGAAGAGAACAGGAGAAGAAAACUCACAAUUUUCAAUGGAAUGACAAGUGUUUUUUUGGUGGUUGCAAUCUCACCGUGGACGACGUUGUGUCUUUGAAGCUGUUUCAUUGUUAUAGACCAAUUUCUUCAUGUUUUAUGGGUGGGAAGUGAUCAACCUUUACAGACUUUACAUUGAAAACCAGGCCAGAAAGAAUUAGUUUUUGGCAUCUGCUCAGGACAGAACGCGAGAAAGCCAUAGAGGAAAUUCAGUUGCCAUGGCAGAUAAUGUUAUUGAAGAGACCGAUAACUACCCUGGCAAGGAUGAGCUGGAAUGGGGCUAUGAAGAAGGUGUUGAAUGGGGUCUUCUGUUUCCUGAGGCAAAUGGAGAGUACCAGUCCCCCAUAAACCUUAACUCUAGGGAGGCCCGCUAUGACCCGCGGCUGCUGGAGGUGGGGCUUAACCCCAACUAUGUCGUUUGCAGGGACUGUGAAGUCAUUAACGACGGUCACACAGUGAGGAUCUUGCUCAAGUCCAAAUCAGUUGUGACUGGGGGUCCUCUCCCCAGUGACCAUGAGUAUGAACUGAGUGAGGUGCGCUUCCACUGGGGAAAGGAGAACCAGAGAGGAUCUGAACACACUGUCAACUUCAAGGCGUUCCCUAUGGAGCUUCAUCUAAUCCACUGGAACUCUACAUUAUUCAACAGCGUGGAGGAGGCCAUGGGCAAGAAAAAAGGCAUUCUCAUCAUAGCCUUAUUUGUGCAGGUUGGGAAGGAACAUCUUGGGCUGAAGGCCAUCACAGACGUCCUGCAGGACCUGCAGUACAAGGGAAAGACAAAAAUAAUUCCAUGUUUUAACCCCAACACAUUACUUCCUGAUCCUCUCUUGAGAGAUUACUGGGUGUAUGAGGGCUCUUUAACCACACCACCCUGUAGUGAGAACGUCAUCUGGAUUCUUUACCGUUACCCCCUUACCAUCUCUCAGAUGCAGAUUGAGGAGUUUCGUCGUCUUAGGUCCCACAUUAAAGGAGCAGAGAUUCAAGAAGGCAAUGACGGGAUGCUGGGGGACAACUUCAGACCCACCCAGCCCCUGAGCGACAGGGUGGUCAGGGCAGCCUUCCAGUAAAACUCCCACAGCAGGAUCCAUUUUAAUCUGCCAUGGAAAUUAGAUAUGUUGAAGAAAUAGAGACAAGGGCUCUACAAUGUCCUGGCUAAAGUGAAAGUUCAUCACUUCCUGUAGACGUGCGUGGGCAUCAUUUUAUAGUUGAAUGUCUUGAGUAUGGCCCUGGUGUGUGCAGAUGUUGCUUUUACCUUUCAUUUGAAACAAAAUUAUUCUCAAUUUCAUGUAAAAAAAAAAAAAAGAGGAAGCCAUUGAGUAUGAAAAGACACCCUGUGUGAUAAGCUUUUAUAAGGAGGAGUGAAGGACCAUAACGCUAGAUGAAUAUUGUUUGAACACUGCAGUUUAACAAUAGGUAGCAUGUGUGUAAUCCUAUAAUUGUGGCUUUAUAGGAAGAUAAUGUACAAGAUUGAUACAGGAUGUAGGCAGACCCGUUUCAUACAGUUUUAUAUUUGAUUAUUUCUGAUACUCUGAUAAAAUGUAAUAAGUUUAGUCAUAUUAGAAGGUAUUUAUGACUGUACAUUGAAGGCUUUUAAAUACUAGAAUUGAAAUAAAUGUAUGCUGUUGAAUGAACUGAUUAAAGACACCAAGAUUGGC